GUCAUUUUCAAGAUGGCGGCGCCCCAGUCCACGAUGAAAUUCUGGAAACCGGGAGCCGAUGCUCCAGGUGUGUCGGAGGAGCGCGAGCUGCAGAGCGAGACGACAGGCUCUCCAGUUAUUUACAAUCCGCACACUGCGCUUUCCAUAGAGAAGCAGCGACAGAAACUCCCCGUUUUUAAGCACAGAAACAAUAUUCUCUAUCUAGUGGAGAGUUACCAGACAGUGAUCAUUGUCGGAGAGACAGGAUGUGGGAAAAGCACACAAAUACCUCAGUACCUCUUAGAGGCAGGUUGGGCUGCAGAAGGGAAGGUGGUAGGAGUGACUCAGCCUCGGAGAGUGGCAGCUACAUCUGUGGCCAACCGUGUGGCAGAGGAGCGUGGGGCUUUGCUUGGGCACGAGGUCGGUUACACCAUCAGGUUUGACGACUGCUCUGAUCCCCAUGCCACCCGGAUAAAGUUUCUCACAGAUGGAAUGUUGGUAAGGGAGAUGAUGGCUGAUCCUCUUCUAAAGAAAUACAGUGUCCUUAUGUUGGAUGAAGCUCACGAAAGAACACUGUACACAGACAUCGCUAUCGGCCUCUUGAAAAAGAUCCAGAGGAAGAGAAGGGACCUUCGCCUCAUCAUUGCAUCCGCCACUCUCGAUGCCAAGAAAUUUCAGGAGUUCUUCAACCUGAAUGAGUCUGGAGAUCCUAGCAAAGACACCUGUGGUAUUCUCACAGUGGAGGGCCGAACCUUCCCUGUGGAUGUAUUCUAUACUGUAAGUCCUGUCCCUGAUUAUGUCAAGGCAACGGUGGAGACGGUGCUGAAGAUUCACGAGACUGAGGACGAUGGAGAUGUGCUGGCGUUCCUCACGGGACAGGAGGAAGUGGAGAAGGUGGUGUCCAUGUUGCAGGAGCAGGCCCGGACGCUUUCCCGUUACGGCAUGAAGAAGCACCUACGCGUGCUGCCCAUGUACGCCGGGCUCCCCUACGUGGAGCAGAUGAAAGUCUUUGAAAGGAUGCCCCCUUCUGUACGCAAGGUGGUGGUUGCCACCAACAUCGCUGAGACCUCCAUCACCAUCAAUGGCAUAGUGUUUGUCAUCGACUGUGCGUUUGUGAAGUUGAGAGUGUACAAUCCCCAGACCGUCAUCGAGUCGCUGGUGGUCACCCCCAUCUCCAAGGCCUCCGCUGCCCAGAGAGCAGGGCGAGGGGGACGCAAUCGCCCAGGGAAGUGUUUCCGUCUUUACACAGAGGAGGACUACGAGAAGCUGCCUCCCGCCACCGUCCCAGAGAUGCAGCGUACCAACCUGGCGCCUGUCAUCCUGCAGCUGAAGGCCCUGGGCAUCGACAACGUGCUGCGCUUCAGCUUCCUCUCGCCCCCUCCUGCCCAGUCCAUGGUCCAGGCCCUGGAGCUGCUCUAUGCCCUUGGUGGUCUGGACCAGUAUGGCCGUCUUACGGAUCCGAUGGGCGUCCGCAUGGCGGAGUUCCCCCUCAGCCCCAUGUUCGCCAAGAUGCUGCUGGAGUCCGGCAACUUCGGCUGCUCCAAGGAGAUCGUCACCAUCGCCGCCAUGAUGCAGAUCCAGAACAUCUUUGUGGUGCACCCCAACCAGAAGAAGGCCGCAGCCAGGGAGCACAGGAAGUUUGCAGUGGCAGAAGGUGACCAUCUCACCAUGCUCAACGUCUAUGAAGCCUUCAUCAAGCACCAGAAGAACUCUCAGUGGUGUCAAGAUCACUUCCUUAACUACAAGGGCCUGAUGCGAGCUCUCACGGUCCGGGAACAGCUCAGGAGACUCAUGAACAAGUUCAAGGUCCCCCGUACCUCCAGCGAAGGUGACCCGGACGUGAUUCUCAGGUGCAUUGUGUCUGGAUUUUUUGCCAAUGCUGCGCGCCUGCACCACUCCGGAUCCUACCGGACGCUGCGUGAUGACCGAGAGCUUCAUAUUCACCCCAAUUCUGUACUGUAUGGAGAGAAGCCCCCCAAGUGGGUGGUGUUUAACGAGGUGGUGCAGACCACCAAGUAUUACAUGCGGGACGUGACGGCAGUGGAGUCUACUUGGCUAGUGGAGCUGGCCCCUCACUUCUACAAGCAGGCCAAGCACGGGUCACUGAGCAGCAGCAAGAGAGCCAAGGUCUUCUAACAGGCUGGCCUGUACGGGUGUCUGCACUGCACUCACCACCACAAGGCUAGUGGCAGAGUGAGUGAUUGUCUAAUGACAGUGGACGAAAGAGAGGGUGACAAGGACAGAGAGAGUGAGAGAGAAUUGACAGGAGAGACAGGUAUGUGGCUCGACAGUGAACGAAUGUACAGAUCAUAUUUACCUCCCGUUUGACGGGGGGAAAUGGCAUUGUACCAAUGACCAAAUUUCUCCCCUUGAAUAUACCACUGUGUUUUACUGCAUUUCAGUGGCCUUUUUCUAACCAUCGUGUGCCAAGUUAUUAGAUCCUUAUUUGGCAUUUCAUGGUACAUGAAAACAUGGCACAUGAAAUGGACAAAUAAACCGUAGUUACGAGUGCUUGAGAAGCAAUCAAAAGGAAAGUGCCAUUUUUUCUAAAAAGGGUGCUUGAAUAUGAGCAUUUAGAUGUGUGUGAUGCCUCAAAAAAAUUAGGUUUUACCAUCUUUGUUUUAACUUCUGUUAUUGCGUCCUGUGUUCCCGAGUUCAUUCCAGUGAAACAGUUUUUUUUUAAAGGCAGAAGCAUGUAUCCACAUCUCCACCAAACCUCACAUUUGCUCUUAGAUUUAUUUUUAUCCCCGAAUUUGAAAAUAUCACGUCUCUCAUCAUCACAUCGGUGUCCUCCCUUUUAAACCUUCUUAUUUUGGCCCUCGCAAGACUUGAUUCUCGGAAGCGAAUAUAUUUCUUCUUGGAGGAAUGUGCCAAAACAUAUUGAUGUAGUUUCUCUGCUCUUUUGUCUCUUCUACUUUUUUUUUCUAUUCCUGUGAAAGCUGCACUGAAACCUGCUUUCAUGUCAGUAAGGUUAGCGUUAUUAACUUUAUUGAUAAAUGUCUGCAUGGUGAGAUGUACCUGACUUAGAUGUAGCAGCCAGUCGCUCCACUAACUAGCCUUAGCUGUAGCAGACUUUAUCGCCACCGAUGCCAGUGGUGCACUAUGGACAGAAACAGUACAAACAGAUUAGCAAAGUAAUGCAGUGUCGACACUCUCUUGCAUGUGCAGUGAAAUCACAACACUUUCACUACAGUAGUUUUACUCUCUCACAGUAAUAUUAGUUGUCAAUGACGAGAAGCGUGUGUAGACUAACCAUCUACAACACGUCUGUAACAUGCACAGGCACAAGGCUUUUCUACAGAAGUACAACGUUGUAGUUAUUCUGUGAAACUAUUUAAGUCCAGUCAUUCCCUAAGUCUGUCCCAUGUAUCUUCUAAUAAAGCCAAAUGGUCAUGCACUGAA